CACAUGAGCCUGAAUUUUCAGUUCAGUUCAUUAGUCAGCCAUUUUGGUCAACACCCUGCUUACUGCGCACAACCAAUCCUAUUAGAACUCAGCAUCCCGGCUCAUCUGAACAGAUCCUGGAAGUGAUUUCUGCAGUUCAGGAUUUUUUUAAAGCCAAAUUGAAAAUAUAGGUUUAUUUUUCAUUUUUUUUUUCCCCUGCACAAAGACGGAGGAUUUUUCACUUAUUCAUGCCGAGACCACUUUUUUAAAGCCAGCUAAGGCAGCAUCGGUGGUGUGGGAUUUAAAGCCUGUAUAGCUUAGCUGAAAAACAAAGGUUAGGGAAGGGAAGAUAAAAGGAAAGGAAGCUGGGAGAAGACAAGCAUCAUCUUAUUUUGCUAUGUGGUAGGAACUGUCUAUAAGAAAAGAUAGUGUAGAAUUGUUUAUCUUGAGCCAUUGGUUCUUAAACCAUAAGGUAUUUUUUCUUGUUUUUCUUUUAAAACCUCUCUCACCCCUUUUCCUGAAAGCUUUGUUUCAGAGCUUUGGAUUUGGGGGGGUUUGAGUAAGGAGGAUUUAUUUAUUUUUGUGGGGUGUGUUUGUGUGUGUGUGUGUGUGUGUCGUGGUCCCAGCUGAGUCAUCAUGUCUGCUCUGACACCUCCGACUGAUAUGCCAACCCCUACCACUGACAAGAUCACACAGGCUGCCAUGGAGACCAUCUACCUUUGCAAAUUCCGAGUGUCUAUGGAUGGAGAAUGGCUCUGCCUGCGAGAGCUGGAUGACAUCUCACUUACACCUGACCCAGAGCCUACCCAUGAAGACUCUUGGGAGGAUUUGACAGAUUUGGUGGAGCAAAUGCGCGAUGAUGCAGAAGAUCCUAAUUAUCUCAUGGCUAAUGAACGCAUGAACCUGAUGAAUAUGGCCAAGCUGAGUAUCAAGGGGUUGAUCGAAUCAGCUCUGAACCUGGGGAGGACUCUAGACUCUGAUUAUGCACCUCUCCAGCAAUUCUUCGUCGUGAUGGAGCACUGUCUGAAACAUGGCUUGAAAGCCAAGAAAACUUUUCUUGGACAAAAUAAAUCUUUCUGGGGGCCUCUAGAACUGGUAGAAAAGCUUGUUCCAGAAGCUGCAGAGAUAACAGCAAGUGUUAAAGAUCUUCCGGGACUUAAGACACCCGUAGGCAGAGGAAGAGCCUGGCUUCGUUUGGCAUUAAUGCAAAAGAAACUUUCAGAAUAUAUGAAAGCUUUGAUCAAUAAGAAGGAACUUCUCAGUGAAUUCUAUGAACCCAAUGCCCUCAUGAUGGAAGAAGAAGGAGCCAUAAUUGCUGGUCUGUUGGUGGGUCUGAAUGUCAUUGAUGCCAAUUUCUGUAUGAAAGGAGAAGAUUUGGACUCUCAGGUUGGAGUUAUAGAUUUUUCAAUGUAUCUGAAGGAUGGGAACAGCAGUAAAGGUAGUGAAGGAGAUGGCCAGAUUACUGCAAUUCUGGACCAGAAGAACUAUGUAGAAGAACUCAACAGACAUCUGAAUGCUACUGUAAACAAUCUUCAGGCAAAAGUAGAUGCAUUAGAAAAAUCCAACACUAAACUGACAGAGGAGCUCGCAGUUGCAAACAACAGGAUUAUUACCUUGCAAGAAGAAAUGGAACGAGUUAAAGAGGAAAGUUCCUACAUAUUGGAAUCCAAUCGGAAGGGUCCUAAGCAAGACAGAACUUCAGAAGGACAAGCACUAAGUGAAGCAAGAAAGCAUUUAAAGGAGGAGACUCAAUUGCGAUUGGAUGUUGAAAAAGAACUGGAGAUCCAGAUCAGCAUGAGACAGGAGAUGGAGUUGGCUAUGAAGAUGCUGGAGAAGGAUGUCUGUGAGAAGCAGGAUGCUCUGGUGUCUCUGCGACAGCAGCUAGAUGACCUCAGGGCUCUCAAGCAUGAACUUGCCUUUAAGCUACAGAGUUCAGACUUAGGAGUAAAACAGAAAAGUGAACUAAACAGUCGUUUGGAAGAGAAGACUAAUCAGAUGGCUGCUACCAUUAAACAACUUGAACAAAGAUUGCGCCAGGCUGAGCGAGACCGCCAGUCUGCUGAGUUGGACAACCGGCUCUUCAAACAGGACUUCGGAGACAAGAUCAACAGUCUGCAGCUGGAAGUGGAAGAGCUCACCAGGCAGCGGAACCAGCUUGAGUUAGAACUAAAACAGGAAAAAGAAAGAAGGUUACAAAACAGCAGGAGCAUCACAGGAAAGAGUUCGCAGAAGCCAGAACCCAAGGAUGGGAAGCACAAAAUUCAAGAGGAAAAUGUUAAACUAAAAAAGCCCUUGGAAGAAAGCCACAGGCUGCAGUCUCGCCCUCUGGAUGAACAGGACCAACUGAUGCUCUCUGAAAAGCCACAUGUGUGUCAACUGUGCCAAGAAGAUGGCAGCCUAACACAGAAUGUGUGUAAGAACUGCAGAGGAACCUUCUGUAAUGCCUGUUCAACGAAUGAACUGCCUCUUCCUUCAAGUAUCAAGCCUGAGCGAGUUUGCAAUCCCUGUCACAAGCGUCUGAUGAAGCAGUAUUCAGCCAGCCCAUCAUAAGACUGGGGCCAAGACCUAGACCAAAACGUUCACCCAGGGCCACUCUCUGUUACAGGUCAGGAUCCCCUAAAGCCCAGGGCUUUAGGAUGAUUUAAGUAAACCAGGUCCAGGGAGAAAAGGCAGUGGUUAGAGGUGCUGGAAACUUUACUCAUUUUCCCUAAUGACUGUAUAAAUAAAAGUUACUCUGUUGAGCCUUUCUCUUCUAAAUCUAAACAACCCCGCUUUGCAGGGUUUAUUUUAUAGCACAUCUCUGGAAGGUCCAUUCAUUCUUAUGAAGUGAUGAUAAUGCUGGGGUAGAUGUUAUAGGAGAGCAAGUCCAAGCAGAUAAGAAUAAAAAGGAAAAUGAUCAUUUCCCACUAUUACAGUUGCAGAUUCUUGGGGGGAAGAUAAAUGUUAACUGAGAUUAAAAUGGCAGAUGUUACAUAUUUCCCUGGUGCUGCUAGACAUAAGCAUUAUUUCCUCUUCACCCCCACUAACUACCUCUUCUUUUAAAGGAUCUCUACUAAACUGUGAACCCAAACUCAGGGAAAAGAUAUUAAAGAGUAAUAUAAAUUCUGAAUGUAUUGAAAACAAUAUUGUAAUAUAUUAUACUUUCAGGACCAGAAUUUUCUGGUCUUGGCCUGCAAGUGUUUUCAUUACCAGAAGAAAGAACAUUUGUCAUUUUUCCAUCUAAUGACUUCAUAAGUUAUCUGCCCUUUUCAGAAUCUCCUACCUGAAACAAGCCAAUUCUCUUCCCCAGUUACUCCCUCUUCUUCAAGUCAUAAUGGAAAUUGUAAAUUUUAAAGAUGAGGUUUGGCUUUUGCAGAUAGAAAGUACUGAUUAAAGCAAAGCUAAGUCAGGUAUAGAGUAAAACAAAUUUCAUUUGUUGAUGGCUGAGAACAGUUGGCUCAGAAUAUUUACUAAAUCAUUUCUUGAGUAAGGAAUUCCUUCCUUAUUCUGAGCCAAGAAGCAGAGCUGGUAGAUAGAUGUCUUGGAAAGGACAAUACUUAAACAUCUCUUGUAACAAAUCCUUUGGGGGUAAAGAGGGAAGUGCAUUCAGCAACGGAAGGAAAGAAAUGGUAUAUACUAUUUUGAUUAUGUUACAUGCGUCUAGAUUGUUUGAUUCUAAUUAAGACCUAAGAAGAUAUGACUUUGUGACUGGUUUAGAAUUCUGGGGUGGAAACAUCCUGGACCAUAUGAUUUAAUAAAUUCUAUCUCCUGGAAAGGGUUACAGCCUAGGAAAGAGUUGUUAUUCCAGAAGUCUGGCCUGUUACUUGGUGAAGCUGAAGUUUAAGAGUACUAGAGAAAAAUAAAAUGCAAUAAUUCUA